AUGUGGGUACUUUUGAAGGAAGAGAAGGACAAAAAAAUCCAAGAUCUAAAUGAUGAACUGCAAAAGGAAAGAGAUCGAUCUACGGAAAUCCAGCGACAGCUGCACCUGAUUAUUAAAGAUCUUGAGCAACAUGCUGAGUUUAUGUCUUUAAGAGUUGAAGACAUAGUUAACAACAUGAAACAAAUUGAACUUGAUGAUCUAUAACUUUUGAACAAUAGAUAAAAGAAUACAUUUUGCUGAUAUAUGGGACCUGUCUUUAAAGUAGAGCAUCAACUGUGUAUAUGUCUAUGGCUUCAUGCCCUCUAAAGCCUAAAGAUCCGCAAUCAAGAACAUAUAUUUGCUCGCAACUCUUUGAAGGUGUGCAUGCUGGAAUCAGUUUUGCCGGGAUAGAGAUGUGCAAACUUCAGCCUGACCGGGUUUUUGAAGAUUGUGUGCAUCCAUAUGUUGUUAAGUUGUUCUAAUGGAAUUUACUAGCAAGACAAGUACCUUGCUAGUGGCUGCUUUGGUAAGUGCUGAAAUUUUGUAUCCAACAGUCUUGGCUUGGGCACUGUAAUGGCGUCACUGGCUGUAUUUCUUCCUAAAGCAGGCAUAUACUGAUGUUUCUAUCAUACCAAAAUUACGACAAUGAGCAGCAGCUCUUAUCUUAGUAGAGAAAUCAGAAUCAGAUGUAUCAUGUGGCCCCUUUCGUUUGUAAAUUUUUCUUCAGAAAAUCAAAAUUCGAGUAUUUGUGCCCUGCAAUCCUUGCACUCAGUAUCAGAUAUUCCAAUUCAAAGGCAAAAUAGUCGAUCCAAUGGUUGAUUAGUAUAUACAACCAACCAAUUAUGAAACCGGAACUCGUUUAGGUGUUAUUAGUGGUUACUGGAAUACUAAGAUGUGUUGAUUUAUAAUUUGUUGUUAAUAUCACAUGUCAAUACUGAUGUAAUAUCACUGUUGCAUUUGAGUAUUUACUCCCAAUUUAUGAGCAGCACUCA